AUGUGUCUCAAAACUAUAGCUCUGCGCCACGGAGCUCCCAUCAUUCAUGUGGAUGUCAUACUAGAACCAGGAACAAGGCAGGCGUCCUCAGCUCGUCUGAUAAUUUUCACAGAAGAACAGAUCAGAAGUUUUUAUUUGCCAAGCCUCAAGCCUUCACGAUACAAGGUAAAGCUAACAAGCGUCGAAGGACUACGAAUUCGGAAAGCAGCUAUUGUCACUCUCCAUAAUGCAAACGGUACGACUGCUGAAAAAUGA